AUGGCCCCUUAUGAAUUACUAUACGGGAGGAAAUGUAGGACACCCGUGUGUUGGGGUGAUGUAGGGCAAAGAGAGCUUGCGCCCAAUGAAUUGAUAGCAAUGACAAAUGAAAAGAUCGAUUUGAUUAGAGCUCGACUAAAAGCGGCUCAAGACCGACAAAAGGCAUACGCGGAUAAGAGAAGACGUCCUAUCGAUUUUCAAGUCAGAGAUUAUGUUUUACUAAAAGUGUCCCCGUGGAAAGGCGUAAUCCGUUUCCGUAAACGGGGUAAGUUGGGUCCUCGUUAUAUUGGGCCAUUUAAGAUUUUGGCUCGAGUCAGAAAAGUUGCAUAUCGUUUAGAAUUGCCGUCUACACUAGACGGGAUUCACAAUACCUUCCACGUAUCGCAAUUGAGAAAGUGCCUUGCAGAUGAAACGACGUUUGUGCCUCUCGACGACAUUGAAUUGGACGAGGGGUUAAAUUAUGUCGAAAGACCGAUAGCCAUUAAAGACGUUAAGGUAAAGAAUCUUCGCAACAAAGCCGUUAGACAAGUAUUAGUGCAAUGGCAACAUCGAAAGGGAUCAGAACUUACAUGGGAAGCGGAAGAGGAAAUGCAGAAACACUACCCUUUUCUCUUCGGUAUGUAA